CCCCCAACGAGUUCCGACUUCCGUUCCACUAGCAGUCUGCACUCGGCAGUCGGCCAGUCGCACAGCCAGAGAGCCAACAAGCCCGCAGGGCCGCCGCAGGCACACGGGAUGGCGCUCCCAUGGUGGCUCACCACCAAGGCGUGCACAGCGCCGCCGCCUGGCCCCGGCUCCUUCUCCGAUGCGGUCGCGUUCCUCUUCCUCUCCCCGUGCCCGCAGCGCGGGCUCCUCGCCACCGCCGACCUCGUGUUCCUCGUCGCCUGCAUCGUCCGCCUCGCCAGACGCCUUCGCAGGGGACACCCGGUGCCCGCGGCUGCUCCCCCUCCCGAGCGCGAGGCGCUGCUGCAGAAGCCGAACCAUCCUUCGCCGCCGCUCGUCCGCCACGUGCUCGCGCUCGGGGCCUCCGCGGUGUUCGCGGCGGUGUCCGUCGUCCUCCUCGCGCUCGCGCUCCUCCUCCUGCCGGCCACGCCGUGGCGCGCCGCGGAGGGAGCCUUCCUCUCCGUCCACGCCGUCGCGCACGGGGUGGCUGCCUGGACCAUCGUCUCUUCGCGGAGAGCAGGAGCUGCCCCGGAGGCGCACCUCCGCGUGUUCUGGCUCGCCACCGCUCUCGGCGCCGCGCUCUUCUCUGCCUCGGCAGUGGUCCGCGGCGCGGACGCCUCGCUGCUCUUCCCCGAUGACAUUCUCGCCUUCGCUGGUCUGCUUGUCUCCCUGCCUCUGGCAUACAUAGCGGUCACCGGCUUCACCGGCAAUGUCACCAGGGCACAAGAAGGUGAACCGGAACACGCCGGUCCAGAGGCGCCCUCCUCGCCGUACACCACCGCUUCGUUCCUUUCGCGCGCUACGUUCAGCUGGAUAAACUCCCUCAUCACCAAGGGCUACGCGGCCGAAUCCCUCAAAACCGAAGACGUGCCCCCGGUCUCUGCCGCCCACCGCGCCGAGGCGGCGCACGCCUUGUUCAUGUCCAAUUGGCCAGCGUCGCCAGCAUCUCGGCACCCGGUCGGCGUGGCACUCUGGCUCUCUUUCUGGCCGCAGCUCGUGCUUACUGCGUUCCUUGGCCUCGCUCGUCUGGGGGCCAUGUACGUUGGGCCGUCGCUCAUCGAUCAGUUCGUCGAGUUCAUCCGCCGCGGCGGGACAUCAUGGGAGGGCCUUCGUCUCGUUCUCAUCUUGCUCGCUGGCAAGGCCGUCCAGACGCUGGCAUCGCACCAUUACAGCUUCCAGGGACAGCUUCUGGGCAUGCGCAUCCGCGGCGCGCUGCAGACGGCGCUGUACCGCAAGUCGCUGCGCCUCACCGCCGGUGCUCGCCGAGCGCACGGCGCUGGAGCCAUCGUCAACUACAUGCAGGUCGACGCUGGGAUCGUGUCCUACGCCAUGCACGGACUCCACGGGCUGUGGCUGAUGCCGCUGCAGAUAGUGGUGGCGCUACUCCUCCUGUACGCCUACCUCGGCCCCGCCGUGCUCAUGACGCUCGCCGUGAUCACCGCAGUGACUGUGGUCACGGCCUUCGCUAACAAGCUCAACCUGGCGUACCAGCUCAAGUUCCUCGGCGUCCGCGAUAGCCGCGUGAAGGCCAUCACCGAGAUGCUCAGUAACAUGCGUCCCAUCAAGCUGCAGGCUUGGGAGGACACCUUCGGGGGCAAGGUUCGCGACAUCCGGCGAGAAGAGCUCGGGUGGCUGGCCAAGAUCAUGCUCUUCAUGUGCGCCAACACGGUGGUAUUCUCGAGCGGUCCGCUCGCUAUGACGGUGCUCGUGUUCGGGACCUACCUCGCCUCCGGUGGGCAGCUCGACGCCGGCAAGGUGUUCACGGCCACGGCGUUCUUCGGCAUGCUGGAAGGCCCCAUGCGGAACUUCCCGCAGACUAUUGUCAUGUCCAUGCAGGCGUUUGUGUCGCUGGAUCGGCUGAACAAAUUCCUGACGGACACCGAGAUCGACACCGCGGCCGUGGAGCGCAUCGAGAGUGGCGGCGCUGAGGACACAGUGGCCGUCAAGGUGCAAGGCGGGGUGUUCGCUUGGGAUGUGCCAGCGGACGAGGAGAUGAAGGGCAACAACAACAACAGCAGCAGGCCCCGCCAUGAGGUGGCAGAGAAUGACCAAGGAAAUCGGGCGGAGUUGGUGACAGUGCUGAGGGGCAUUGACGUGGAGGUGAGGAGGGGCGAGCUUACGGCGGUGGUCGGGACAGUGGGCUCCGGCAAAUCGUCGCUGCUGUCCUGCAUCAUGGGGGAGAUGCACAAGCUCUCCGGCACGGUUAGCAUAUGUGGAAGCACGGCAUAUGUUGCUCAGACUGCUUGGAUCCGGAAUGGAACCAUUCAAGAGAACAUUUUAUUUGGAAAGCCAAUGCAUUCAGAGAGAUAUUCGGAAAUCGUAAAUGCUUGCUGCCUGGAAAAGGAUUUGGAAAUGAUGGAGUUUGGUGACCAGACUGAAAUAGGAGAGCGAGGGAUCAAUCUCAGUGGAGGCCAGAAACAGCGCAUCCAGCUUGCAAGAGCGGUUUAUCAAGACUGCGAUAUAUAUCUUCUCGAUGACAUAUUUAGCGCGGUUGAUGCUCAUACUGGAUCAGCUAUUUUCAAGGAAUGUCUGAAAGGCAUACUCAAGAAUAAGACUGUGUUGCUUGUGACUCACCAAGUGGACUUCUUGCAAAAUGUGGAUACUAUAAUUGUAAUGAAAGAUGGGUUAGUCAUCCAGUCAGGGAUCUAUCUUGAGUUACUAGCAUCAUGCUCAGAAUUUUCUGAUCUUGUUACAGCUCAUCAUAGUUCAAUGGAGACAGCAGGGGCACAAGCUUUUCAUGUUCAGAACACAGAGAGCUCUCAGGCUUCCACUGGAUCUGUAGAUGCCCCAUCUUUGGCAUCGAAAUCCAAUGCUGAAAAUGGUGAAUCAGUUGGCAGUGCAACAAACAAAGAAGCAGGUUCUUCUAAGCUGAUCCAGGAAGAGGAAAAGGAGAGUGGCCGAGUAAGCUGGCGUGUGUACAAGCUAUAUAUGACAGAGGCCUGGGGAUGGUGGGGAAUUGUGGUCAUUUUAGCUGUGUCACUGCUGUCAGAGGGCUCCAGUAUGGCUAGCAACUACUGGUUAUCAUAUGAGACAUCAGGAGGCCCUGUGUUUGACACUUCCUUAUUUCUUGGUGUUUAUGCUUCGAUAGUUGCUACGACAAUUAUAUUGGAAAUGAUCGCCACUCUUAUUGUGACAUUCAUGGGGCUUCAAUCAGCACAGGCCUUUUUCAACAAGAUGUUUGACAGCAUUUUACGAGCGCCAAUGUCAUUUUUUGACACCACUCCUUCAGGAAGGAUCCUAAGCCGGGCAUCAUCAGACCAAUCUAAGAUUGAUACUAACCUUGUGUUCUAUGUUGGUUUUGCCACAUCAAUGUGCAUCUCAGUGGUUACCAACGUCGCUAUUACUUGCCAAGUUGCAUGGCCAUCAGUAAUUGCAGUAUUUCCUCUGCUGCUUUUGAACAUCUGGUAUCGGAACCGUUACAUUACGACAUCUCGAGAGCUUACCCGGCUUCAAGGGGUAACAAGGGCGCCAAUUAUUGAUCACUUUACAGAAAGCUUUCUGGGUGCCCCAACUGUAAGGUGCUUCAGAAAGGAGGAUGAGUUCUACCAGAUAAACCUGGACAGGAUCAAUUCGAAUCUGCGUAUGUCAUUUCAUAAUUAUGCAGCUAAUGAGUGGCUUGGAUUUCGCCUGGAGCUAAUUGGCACACUUAUUUUGUCUAUAACUGCUUUUCUCAUGAUCAGCUUGCCUAGCAAUUUCAUCAAGAAAGAAUUUGUCGGCAUGUCCCUUUCCUACGGCAUUUCUCUCAAUUCCUUGGUGUACUACACAAUUUCCAUAAGCUGUAUGAUCGAGAAUGAUAUGGUAGCCAUAGAGAGGGUGCAUCAGUACAGUACUCUCCCUUCUGAGGCAGCAUGGGAAGUUGCCGACGGUCUUCCCUCACAAGAUUGGCCCAGCCGAGGAGACAUUGAUGUGAAAGAUCUGAAGGUUCGGUAUCGUCAAAACACGCCUCUAAUCUUGAAAGGCAUUACUGUGAGCAUCAAAGGUGGAGAAAAGGUUGGAGUUGUGGGAAGGACUGGCAGUGGAAAGUCGACUUUGGUGCAGGCUUUAUUCAGGAUCGUGGAGCCUGCAGAUGGCCAUAUCAUCAUCGAUGGUGUCAACAUCUGCACUCUGGGGCUUCGUGAUCUGAGGUCUCGCUUCGGUGUGAUUCCCCAAGAACCUGUGCUCUUCGAAGGAACUGUACGGAGCAACAUAGACCCAGCAGGGCGGUAUUCCGAGGCUGAGAUAUGGCAGGCCCUCGAGUGCUGCCAGCUAAAGGAUAUAGUAGCCUCAAAACCAGAGAAGCUUGAUGCACUAGUCGCCGACAUGGGGGAGAACUGGAGCGUAGGGCAGAAGCAGCUUCUGUGCUUCGGCCGAGUCAUACUGAAACGCAGCCGGAUCCUCUUCAUGGACGAGGCAACGGCUUCGGUCGAUUCUCAAACAGACGCGGCUAUCCAAAAGAUCAUCCGCGAGGAGUUCACUGAAUGUACUGUCAUCAGCGUUGCACAUCGGAUCCCGACUGUCAUGGACAGUGACCGUGUCCUGGUGUUGGACGCAGGUCUAGUGGCAGAAUUCGACGCACCCUCCAAGUUGAUGCGGAGGCCAUCACUCUUUGGUGCGAUGGUUCAGGAGUACGCAAGUCGCUCAUCUAGCGUGAAGGAAACCGUUGGAUGAGAUGAGAGUAUGAGACCACUUCUCAUGGCCAAAAGACGACGGUAUCGGAGAAAUUUAGGCAUACGCAUGAUGGGCUCUGUUCGCAAGGAAAAAUAAAUUGUACUAGGACUUUCUGUAAGCUUGCAAGCAUAAAGCUUUGUUUUGUUCGCUACACCAUGUAUUAUCUUAAAUAGAACUGGACUAUUUGGUUUGCAUUUCCGCCAAUUUUGUAUGUGACGAAAGCUUAGAGCAUCUACAGGAAGUUUGUGUAAUUCACAUGCUAAACCAGUGACUUUCCUAAGUUAAGAAAACCUAAAUUUAUC